CAUUCUGUUCCGGAAUCGGUGAAAGUACUUAAUAUCAACUACUUAAAUAAUCCAGCUACAGCAUUUUGGCCGACGACUUUGGAUUUAAUCUGCCCCCUGGAGGCGGAAUUGUUUUAAGAGAGCGCAACUCAGCGAUAAUGAGCCAACAACGUCGCUACUUGGUUAAGCAGCUCAUCAAGUCGGCCAAUGUGGUUUUGGUGGGACUGUUGGUCUACAACUUGUGGCGUCACAAAUGGACCAAAGUGAAUUUCAAUCAGCAUCGGUUUUGAUUGAUUUUAGC